AGUUAUAAGUUGUAUUUCUUAAAGUUAUACAUUUUGAACAUGUGUAUGCCCAUACGAACUAAGUUUAACUAAAGUAAACGAUAACGCCGGGUUAUCUUUUCAAGAUAAACGACAAUAAUUAAACACAUUGUUGUAUAACUAUCACUGAUCGACGAACAAAAUGGCUGCAGAGGGAGUAGAGACGGGCGAUGAAUGGACUGUACGUCAAACAAACGGGACCUUACCAGCGUAUGUAUAAGAAUGCAUGCCACACAAUAAUGCACCAAGCCGCUGCUGGAAUUAACAGGACUAGACGUGUCAAAGACGAUCAGAACAGAAAAGUAGACAGUUCGUUGAGGGACACUAAGUUCCGUUCGAUAAAAAAUGGGAAUCCGGAUACUAGUUCUGGUCUAUUGGCUGAUAGGCGUUGGUUACAGCUUUCUUCUAGAUGAUGUUUGCUCGACCGGCAACGUAUGCUCUUGUUCUCAACAUGGCAUAGACUGCGAUGGAAAAGGAUUGACUGAGGUUCCAGCUUUCAACAUUUCUGGUCAUCCGAUUGACAUUAGCCUCAUAUUAUUGAAAAACAACACAAUAAGCAUUUUAAAGAACAAUGCAUUCAGCUCACUGCAAGGUCAUGUCAAUAGCAUGUUAUACAUGGUCAUUUCUCAUAAUAACAUAUCUGUUAUGGAAGAUACUUGUUUUAAAGGGCUCGAAGAUAAAAUUUUCAGGUUAGAUCUUGAAAGCAACAAUUUACAUGCAAUUCCAAUGGCCAUAACAAGCUUAAAUAGACUUUCCGAACUGUCGUUGAUGUUUAAUCCAAUACAGGUGUUAGAUAUAAAUAUUCUCUCAAGACUAGGGCACACACUAUCAACCUUUAAGUUAACUUUGGAACAGUUUCAACGCUGGCCUAGUGGGUUUCGUUAUAUUUUCGGACUUGACUCAUUGUUCAUCUCGAAAUAUAAUUCAACAAGUAUAAAGAUUUCAGAUUUUCACUACAUGGCGAAUAUGCAUCUUCGCACUUUGGCAAUUUCGAAUUCACCUUUAGAGGAAUUUCCAGUUGGCAUAUGCGACAUUAAUGAAUUGACUCAUUUAGAUAUUUCUAAAAACUCAUUCACCGAUAGAACUAAAGAGUUCUUUGAUGUAUGUCAUACACCUCAACGAAACUUAAUAUUUUUAUUCAUGCAAAGCAACCACUUUGGUGUGUUUCCUGACAUUGGCAAAACAUUUCCAGCUAUUCGCAUUCUUGACUUUUCUGACAACAAUCUAAAUUACAUAAGCGGCGAACUGACUCCAAUGCCGGCUCUAGAAAAUCUGGUUUUGAGUUCCAACAAUCUGGUUCAUUUUCCAUCUGCGCUAUCAACUUUAGCACCAAAUGUUCAGACAAUAUACUUAAGCAGGAACAAAAUUGUUGACAUCGGCAACGCUGACUUAAUGACUUUUUCACAUCUCGAAAAUGUUUUUUUUGACCACAACCCGUUGGAAUACUUGGCAGCGUCUUCUUUUGUUCGCAACACAGUUUUGCAUCAAAUUGAUUUAUCUGACACCAAACUGUUGACCGUUCCUUGUGCGCUGAUGUCCCUUUCGUACCAUUCAAUUUCUGCGUAUCUCUACGAUAACACUUUGGAAUGUGACUGCAGAAUGAGCUGCCUUUCCCACAUAAACUUGUCUAAAAUAAGUUUUACAGGUCACCCUCAAUGUACACAGCCAAACAUUUCUGUCACAGAUUUUAUUACAAAUGUAAUACAAGCAAAUGCAUGUGCAACAAAGUAAACUUACUUUUUUUUAAACAAAUCUAGCGCUUUUCUAGAUUUUGAUGCAUGUGGAUAAAACCAUGUUAGAAAUACUAUUUAAAAUGUGAAGUUAUCUUAUAGUAUCAUUCUUUAAGCUGCUUACUUUUGUGAACAGACUUGUUUGAAAUUGUUUUAUCUAAGGUUUACAAUAUAUUUAUAAUAACUAUAUGUGACAAUUAUAAAUUAUCAUCAGCAGUUACAUGAACUGAGGACUGUUUGUAGAUAUCGAUAAUAUUUUUAUUCAUAAUCAGUAUUUUUUGGCAGUUCGUAAGUACGGAUUUUGAGCCCUUGGUGUAAUAUAUACUCUGAUGAUAAAAUAUUAAUACAUUAUUAAUACCGAUCGCCGUGGCCUAGUGGAUAAGGCGCCCGCCUUGGGAUCGGGAGGUCGUAGGUUCGAGCCCCAUGGGGAGCGUUUGUCUAAGGAUGGAUGUUUGUCAUGGGACUUGUUCCGAUUAGGCCGGCUCGUGAGCCGCGAGCGUUAAACAUGAAUGGUUACCGACUUCUAUCCGCCUGGCGUCUGGCAUAGUGAUAGGAGUUGGGAGGUACAUGGUAUACACGCAAAAAGUGUCUCAUAAGUCAGAUUGACUGGCCCUUUCAAUAGGGGUGACACUAUAAUAAAAAAGACCUUUACCUUUAUUAAGUUGCAUUUUUUCUGUCUCUUGUUUUUUCUGUUGAUUGCAAUUUUUAAUAUAAUUGUAAAUAAACAAUACUUUUUAGUUGAUGAAUACUUUGUUUAGUCGUAUAUGGAACGUGAGAUUUUUAGUGAAUGUAAUUAAUUUACGAUACAUGGCAAUAUUAAUAUAUCAAUAUACAAACUAUUUCCUGUAAAAGCCUAUCAUAAAAUUAAAAUUAUAUCUGUUGAUAACUCAUUAAAUGUGAAGUUUGUCGUUUUUUCGACGAUUACAACUUUCUUUUGGAAUGCAUGCAAUAUACGUUUACAAUAGCUAAAUACAUACCAUUCUGUUAAAAAACGACCAUUUAAUGGAAAACAUUUCCUAAAAAGCAUAAUAUGUUUGCUGAUAAUGCUUUCAUAAUCCGAUCAGUUAAUAAUUAGGUACGCGAUAACUACUAUGGCAUGUUUUCACGACCUGACUUAUCAAAUGAAAUUACAGAAAAAUGGAUUCAAUUAAUGAUAUGUUUUGAUAUGCAGAGGAAAACAUUAUCUCAUCUGUUUCGAUGUUGUUAACUUGCACAUCGGUUAUUUCGUUUAAAUAACUGUUUAUGUUGAUCAUGAAGUAAAUAGUUGUUUAUUUAGAAAUGACGUUUUCGUCUUAUAAAGUUUAGCUUUGUAUAUGUAUAAAUGAACAGUGUUAUUAUUAUCCUCCCUAACAUCACAUGUUUCUUCGUUUGUGUAUGACAUAAGUUCGCUCUUUAGAAUUGGAUUGUUGACAUUUUGUGAAAGAUUCAAAACACCAUGAACUUGUGUAAACGACAAUGUCUACAUCAAUCUUGCUGAACUAAAUUCUUUACACUGACUUUGGUGAAUUAAACAACAGCAAAUUUCUGACCGUGACGGAUGUUUUCAAAUUAAAAAAAAUACAUGUAUGACACAGUUUGUUCAUCUUAUUUAUAAUAGCGUGAUUAAUUGUGAAACAGACAACUGUAGACUAUAUUAUGUUAAUUAUAUUAACAUUUCGGUUAAAAUGUAAUUUGUUUAGUUGUGUUGUGAAAAUGUGAAUGAUACAUUCCUGUGUUUAAUGUUUAUUUGUAUGCAUCUGUUUUGCUUUUAAUGUUUGUGUUGUUGACAUGUACCAUCAUUUGCUUAAAUUGUCAUAGGUAUUUUGAAUGUAUUUCAUAUAGCAUUAUCAAAUAUAUCAUUUCCUACGUGUAUCAAUUCUUAAUUAUUUAAUGUCUGUUUAAAUCACAACAAAACGAGAUUUCUGUUGUUACCAGAUUUAAUUAACUAUUGUUGAAUGAACGAUCAAAAACCGUUUCUUUAAAAUAAUGAAUACAUUUCAUUUUUGUUUUCAUAAUGAUACUCAUAUGAAGUGUCUGUUGCACCAUAAUUACUGUACAAAGUAUAUAUCGAUUGCAUUUUCCUGUUAAUAAACAAUGUAACUAAUUGUAUAUUAUCAUAAACAAAUAAGCAAUUAUAGUAUUUGUGUAUUUGGUAUUCUCUGUUACACUUCUAAAGAUUUAAUUUAUAUGACCUUACAUAGAAUUAUUAUAUGUUUAAUUUGCCAUAAUUUAAUCUAUUUAAUUCAAAGGUGUUAAUAAUGUGUUGUUGAUUAAUCACCUGAUGGUUUGUUCUUUCUGAUUUAAAUGAAAAAUAAAAGAGAAGUGAAUGUGCUUGACUCAAAUAAAUAAAAAAAGAUUGUAUUUUGAUUUUUGAACAAAACCAUUGAAUAUACAGAAUAUUCACACUUUUCUAACCAACCUGUAAAGAACACAGUGCCAACAACGACACAUAAGUUGCUUCUAUACGCGACAAUAAACGGUCAAUAUAGGUA